AUGGACACGUUGAGGAGGACGUUUGUCCUUCAGGACAUAAGACUCUACAGCGCCUCCCUCGGCAAGGGCUACCCCAUCUUCGGCUCUGGAUCUAAACUGUAUGUAACAGAUGAGCAGGUAGUGAAGCCCGUGGUGAGCGUGUACCCAGCAGCAUCCAGAGCCCACCUGGAGGGGAAGAGCUCUCUGCUGUGUCUGGCCUCACACAUGUUUCCUCCUGAGGUCAAGUUCUCCUGGAAAAGACAGAAGGAGGGCGGCUCUCUGGAGGAGCUGACCCCUGCUGAGGGAGAUCAGCUGGAGCUCAGAGAGUCGGGACACAGAGCCUCCAUCAGGCUGGUGGAUAGAGAUGAUCUCUACACAUAUAAAUACACCUGCUCCAUCAAGCACGAGGGAGGCACAGUGGAGGACACAGUGGAAGAAAGAGUGGAGGACAGUGUGGAGGCCCAAGCACUACAAGGGGUUCCAGCUCCAGCAGCCUCCUGUCCUCCAGAGAGAGAGCCAGCAGACCUGGCAGCUCUGCAGCAACAUCACUGUAAGAUCACCUGCUGCCUCUCUGCAUGGACAGCUCCAAUGUCCAAUGAGGACACUAGAUCAACUUUACAGGAUCAAUCUGACACUUGCACUAAUUCAUAUCUGUGUGUGUGUGUCUGUCAGUGUCCUUCCAGUCUCAGUGCAGGGUGAAGCUGCUCUGUCUGCAGUACACAGUGCUGAUAGUGAAGAGUCUGGUGUACUGCUGUGG